AUGAAAUACUUGUAUAAGUAUCCUCAGAGAAAGUUCCCAUAUGAAGAGCUUGUUAAGGCCAAUGCUAGUAGAAGCCGUCUGGAACCCGAGUUUGAGUUGAAUCAUACCGGCAUUUACGAGGAUAACCGGUAUUUCGAUAUCUAUAUUGAAAUGGCCAAAUCUAAGGAUAAUGCUGAGGAGUGUUUGUUCCGGGUCACGGCUUAUAAUCGUGGUCCCGAGGCUGCUCCGCUCCAUAUUGUUCCUCAAAUAUGGUUCCGUAAUACGUGGGGCUGGGGAUAUGAGGAGAAACACAAGAAACGGGAACGGGAGUUCAAAAAACGCCAGGCGAAGGAGGCUGCUAAUGGCCAAGUCACUGGUGAUGAUCCUGGGGUCGGGUCCGGUAAUAGUGAUUCCGAUAGCGAGAAUAAUGGCGUUGACGAUGAACAUGAGGACGAGGCUCCUCAUGGAGGUCCUGGUGCUUGGGGUAGUUGUGGAAAGGGCAGUGGCGAGAUUCCUGAUAUUAAGCAACGGGAUAAGUUCCAAAUGGAAUCGAAUCAUUGGAAGCUCGGUAAGAGAUAUGCCCAUUUUGCACCUUCAGUAGGAUUCACCGAGAAUGACGAUGAUGUUGAUCCGGUUUUACUGUUCACCAACAACGAAACAAACAAAAAACGCUUGUAUGGAGUUAAGAAUGAAAGCGAUUAUGUCAAGGAUGCGUUCCAUGAACGCAUUGUUGAUGACAAGGAAGCCGCUGUCAAUCCUGAGAACCAUGGAACCAAGGCUGCUGCUUGGUAUGCAUUUGACGCUGGCCAGGGUAUUCCUGCUGGUGACUAUGUUUGUUUGCGAUUCAAGUUCUCUAACAAGGAUCCUGGUCAAUACCAAGAAUUGGACGAGGAGGAGUUUGAUAGUAUUUUCGACGCUCGUGAAGACGAGGCCGACGAUUUCUACUAUAACAUUUCUCCCUUGCCAGUGUCGGAUGAUUUGAGAACUAUUCAGAGACAGGCAUUUGCUGGUAUGUUGUGGACCAAACAGUUUUACCACUUUGUUCAUAGUCAAUGGAGUAAAGGAGAUCCCAACCAACCGCCCGCCCCACCUCAUCGAGCCAAUUCUCGUAAUAGUGAGUGGAAACAUCUCCAUAUUGACGAUAUUCUGUCUUUGCCUGAUAAGUGGGAGUAUCCAUUUUUUGCUGCUUGGGAUACCGCGUUCCACUGUAUUCCGUUGGCUAUGAUUGAUCCUGAUUUCUCCAAGAAACAGCUCGAUCUCAUGACCAGAGAAUGGUAUAUGCAUCCUAAUGGCCAGAUCCCGGCUUAUGAAUGGAACUUUUCCGACGUCAACCCCCCUGUCCAUGCAUGGGCCACUUUCCGGGUGUUUAAGAUUGAACGAAAGAUGUAUGGUCGUGAGGAUCUCGACUUUUUGGAGCGUGUUUUCCAGAAACUGCUGCUCAAUUUCACCUGGUGGGUCAACCGAAAAGAUCGUGAUGGUAAAAACGUUUUUGAAGGUGGAUUCCUGGGUCUUGAUAAUAUUGGUCUCUUUAAUCGAUCCGAGCCGUUGCCUACUGGAGGUGUAUUGGAACAAGCUGAUAGUACCGGAUGGAUGGCGUUUUUCUGUUUGCAGAUGCUGAAUAUUGCACUUGAACUUGCCAAGCGACGUUCGGUUUAUGAGGAUAUUGCCUCGAAGUUUUUCGAACACUUUAUUUUCAUUGCCGAUGCCAUGUCCCACCGAUACGGCAGUGAUGUUGAGAAGCCAUUAUGGAACGAAGAAGACGGGUUCUAUUAUGAUGCCAUUUCGUGGGGUGGCCCAUGGAGUCAGCAAUUGCCUGUGCGUUCGUUGGUAGGAUUGAUUCCUUUGUACGCCUCGUUGACUUUGGAACCCGAGGUGCUUGAGAAAUGCCCCUCAUUUGCCAAACGUGUCGAGUGGUUUAUUGAGAACAGACCCAAGAUGUCGAGUCGAAACAUGGCCAGUAUGAGCAAGCGUGGUAGUAAAGGUCGACUUUUGCUAUCGCUUGUUAACCGUGACAGACUUGGGAAGUUGUUGGUGCGAAUGCUCGAUGAAGAUGAGUUCUUGUCUCCCUAUGGAAUCCGAUCCAUGUCGAAAUUCCAUGAAAAGAACCCGUUCUCCAUGGAAGUUAAUGGCCAAACCUUUACAGUUGGCUAUGUUCCAGGAGACUCGAAUUCUGGUUUGUUUGGAGGUAACUCCAACUGGCGAGGACCCAUCUGGUUCCCUACGACCUUCCUUCUCAUUGAAUCAUUGCAAAGAUUCUUCCUUUACUACGGAGCUGAGUACGAAGUCGAGUGUCCUACUGGUAGUGGCCAGAUGAUGAACCUUGCUAAAGUUGCCGAGAAUAUCCAGCACCGUUUGAUCAACCUGUUUACACGUAACGACCGUGACGGCAGACGUCCAUACAACGGAUCCGAGGAUAUCUAUGACCACGAUGAGAACUUCGUUGACCAUAUUCUAUUCCACGAGUUCUUUGAUGGUGACACUGGCCGUGGACUCGGAUCUAAGCAUCAAUGUGGUUGGACUGGACUCGUUGCUAAGCUCGUUCACGACGUCGGUGUCACCUGUACACGAGCCGCCACACCCCGUGAUCCUAUCAGUGCUGCCGAAGCGUUCUUUGACGACGUCAUCACACCUAAACGUCGUCGUUCUCGUCAACUGUCGCGUCACAGCAGUUUCCUCCGUCACGGCAGCAAAUCGCGAGCCUCUCGUCCCGAGAGCAGAGGCAGUUUCGAAGACACCACCCGUGAAGCCAUUGAAUCGCAGCUCGAUCCCGAUGCCGCCGAACGUAUUCGCCGCAUUCUCGAGUCCUACAACCUCAACACCUCGGCGAACGACGACGAGCUCGAAACAAAAUACUCCAACUAG